CCGUAUCUAAGAAUAACAGAAAUAAGCUCAACUCGUAGCAAAUUAUGGCAAAACAUAUAAACCGUGAUUUUUGGAUGCAAAAUGCUCUUGCUUUGGUUUGUAAGAGAAGUGAAAUGGCUUGAACCAAAAAAGAAAAACUGAAGUGGUGGUGGAAGGUGGUCCAUGGCUUGUAAUAGCUAUAUCAACGGUUCACAAAGGUUGUCUAAUCUAAUGUCUCCUUUGACGGGACCAAGAACGCCGGCCAUGGCGUCGAUUUCUAAGAUUUGUCUGUAUAAACCCUUCUCUUUGUCCUUUGCUGGUUCUGUUAAAGAUCAAACCUUGCUUCAAAGAUGUAACUUUCCAGCAACAUGCAUAUUAAGAGAACAAGUUCCGUUGAAGAAUGAAUGCAGGGUAUUUGCUCGAAUGCCUGAAAGAACUGGUACUGGUGUGUCAACAUAUCUUCGCGAAACUGGAACUGGGGAAAAUGGUGAUUAUGCUAGAAAUGAUUUGGACAUUAGUCAUUUGAUUAGCGUUCUAAAGUUUUGUGGUGGUGAAGGAUGUUUAGAAUUUGGAAGGACUUACCAUGGUUUGAUUGCAAAGACUGGACUUGAUGGGGAUGAGUUUGUAAAUACCAGCCUUAUUGAUAUGUAUGCUAAAUGUGGAGACAUAGAUAGUGCAGUUAUGGUAUUUAAUCAGAUGCCUCGUCUAGAUGUUGCUUCAUGUAAUUGUUUGAUUUCUGGUUAUGCUAAUUGUGGAUUAUUUGAAGAAGCUUUUAGGUUGUUCAUGAAUUAUGAAAGCUGGGGUAACAAGCCUAAUUCUUAUACAUACUCAAGUAUGCUAGCAAUUUGUGGAACCCUUUCGGCUAUCGAAGAAGGAAAACAGCUUCAUGCCCAAGUUGUGAAGAUGCAGUAUUUAUCAGAAACAGCUGUGAGUAAUGCACUUUUGACAAUGUAUUGCAAGUGUGAGGCGAUGGCGGAUGCUGAAUCACUGUUUGAACGGCUUCCGCAAAGGAAUAUUGUUUCGUGGACUGCAAUCAUUCAUGGAUUGUACCAACAUGAGGGUUUUGAGAAAGCUAUGAGGUUGUGCUGCUUGAUGAGGGAGAGUGGGAUUGAACCAAAUGAUUACACAUUUACAAUUGCCCUUGCAUCUUGUGGAAAUAUGAAGAAUAUUGAUAACUGCCGUUUACUUCAUGGUUUAGUUAUUAAAAAGGGGAUGGCUUUAGGUGAAUUUGUAGGGACCGCACUCAUAGAUAUGUACUCUGAGCUCAGAGAAACAGAUGAUGCUGAAAAACAGUUCAAAGAGAUGGGAAAUUUGACCUCUAAAGUAUCAAGAAACGCACUAAUCAAAGGGUUAGUUCAGAAUGAGAAAGCCAAUGAAGCUUUGGAUGCUUUUAGUGAAAUGGUAAGAAAAGAUGCAGCAUGUGAUGAGUUUACCUUUUCCCCCAUUCUGAAAGCUUGUGCUUCCUUGCCAUCAUUCAUGAGUUGCCAGCAGAUACAUGCUCAGGUAGUCAAAGCUAACUUUGACAAGAACACACACGUCGGAAGCUCAUUAAUAGAAGCUUAUACCAGAUGUGGGAGUGUAGAAGAUGCGGAGAAAGUAUUCAGUCGUAUUUCAGCACCAGAUGUUGUAUCAUGGAACUCAGUGAUCAAAGCUUACUCGCAGAAUGGCAAUCCAAGAAGGGCUAUAUCACUAUUUAGGAGGAUGAUUAUCAAAGGAUUUAGACCAACAGGUUCUACUUUCCUUGCUGUUCUUUCAGCAUGUAGCCACUCUGGCAAAAUCCAAGAUGGCCAAGAAAUUUUCCAAUCAAUGAUAAAUGAAUUUGGUGUCUCACCAGAAGAAGCACAUUAUAGUUGCAUGGUGGACUUACUGGGUAGAUCUGGACAAAUAGAGAAGGCACUAGAUUUCAUAAACAACACUCCCAUCAAGCCUACAGCUUCAAUAUGGAGACCUCUACUUGCUGCUUGCCGGUGCCACAACAAUCUACGAAUUGCAGAAUUUGCUGCAAAGCACAUACUAGCUAUGGACCCAAAUGAUGCAACCGUGUAUGUUACCCUCUCAAAUAUGUAUAUUGAAGCAGGUCUACUGGAAAACGCAGAAAACCAGAGAAAGCUGAUGAAACUGAAGGAGAUUACAAAAGAACCAGGAUGCAGCUGGAUAGAAGUGAACAACAAGAUACACAAAUUCUUUUCGCGUGAUAGAACACACCCCGAAUCUGAAAAAAUAUACGAUAAGUUGAAGCAAAUAAUGAUGCUAAUAAAAGGCACUGCAUAUUCUACUAACGCAGAUUCACUGCAGGUGAAGGAAGAUUUUUGUUUAUACCACAGUGAAAAACUUGCAGUUUGCUUUGGCCUUAUAAGCUUGGCAGCAGGGAAGCCAGUUCGAAUUUUCAAGAACCUCAGAGUUUGCACUGAUUGUCAUAUGUUUAUGAAGUUUGCAUCUAUGAUUACAGACAGAGUUAUAAUAUUAAGCGACAAUUAUAGGUUUCAUCACUUUAACAAAGGUGGUUGUUCAUGUGGAGACUACUGGUAAUGGAAACGUUCUAAGUGCUUCGUUGUAUGCUUCUACUCCAGUUCAUCCAAGUCAGUGCUAUUAUUAAAGAUCAAGCGGCACAUAUCAAUUAAAUUCUGCAUACUACGUAAUAGUUCCCACUUCAUGUCAAAGUAAGUUUAAGUAAUGUCUAUGAUUGUCCGAUCAUUUUUUGUUUAAUUUUAACUUUUGAGAUUGUAUUACCCAAUUGGAUUAGGGGCUACAUGGUUAAGCCCUUAGAAUGCAUCUGCCCUUUUACUGUCUUUA